GAGUUAUAUUCGUCUGACUAGGCUGCAACUGAACCUACUAUUCUAACCUAUGCAUCGAAGUCUUGAGGAUUGUCUGUUUUUAAAUGUCGGUGUAAAAUAUUUAAACAUAAAAUACACGUGAUUUCCUCUCAUAUUGACAAAUAAAUAACCAAUGAGAAUGACGUCACUGCUACAAAAUGGUCUUCGAACGCUGCAACAGCAGUCCUGGCAAAGGUGUUUCCACAUAUCAGCAAUUGCAAGCAAAAAUAAUCGGUCAGGUCGUCACAGGCCAUCCCUGAAACACAACAAACCCCUGACUUACGAGAUGGCGAUGACCCCUGAAUACUUGGCUCACAGAAAGUCAUGGAAUUCCUUCAAUACCUCAAAUAUUCAGGAUGGCAACAGACCCUCUGAGACCGCAAUAGAAGACAUGUUCAUCCGUCGUUUUAUGACAGGAACAUGGCACAACAUUUUCCUCUCGGAAAUAAUAAUAAAACGUCAGCACAACAUAAUCAGAAUAGGAGGUAUAAUAAAACAGAAUCUGGCACCGGGGAAAUUUUAUUUCCUGAUCGGUUACACCCAAGAGCUCCUCAGCUACUGGCUCCAGUGUCCCGUCAAAAUAGAGCUCCAAUCAGUGGUUGACAGAGAAGCUGUCAUUUACAAAUACAUAUAAUCCUCCUGUAUCGAUAAUUAAACAAUUAAAUAGCCUUAAUACUGGUAAAUAAUGAAAA